GAAGGGACAGCAAAUGUCCAACAGCAGCUCCAUCAGCCAUUUCCUCCUGCUGGCAUUGGCAGACACACGGCAGCUGCAGCUCCUGCACUUCUGCCUCUUGCUGGGCAUCUCCCUGGCUGCCCUCCUGGGCAAUGGCCUCAUCAUCAGCACCGUAGCCUGCGGCCGCCACCUGCACACGCCCAUGUUCUUCUUCCUGCUCAACCUGGCCCUCACUGACCUGGGCUCCGCCUGCACCACUGUCCCCAAAGCCAUGCACAAUUCCCUCUGGGACACCAGGAACAUCUCCUACAGAGGAUGUGCUACACAGCUCUUCUUUCUGUUCUUCAUUUCAACAGGAUUUUAUAUCCUGACCAUCAUGUGCUACGACCGCUACGUGUCCAUCUGCAAACCCCUGCACUACGGGACCCUCCUGGGCAGCAGAGCUUGUGCCCACAUGGCAGCAGCUGCCUGGGCCAGUGCCUUUCUCACUGCUCUGCUGCACACAGCCAAUACAUUUUCUCUGCCCUUGUGCCAUGGCAAUGUCCUUGGCCAGUUCUUUUGUGUAGUGCCCCAGAUACUCAAGCUCUCCUGCUCACACUCCUAUCUCAGGGAACUGGGGCUUCUUGCUGCUAGUGUCUGUUUAAAUUUCGGUUGUUUUGUGUUCAUUGUGUUCUCCUAUGUGCAGAUCUUCAGGGCAGUGCUGAGGAUCCCCUCUGAGCAGAGAUGGCACAAAGCCUUUUCCACCUACCUCCCUCACCUGGCCGUGCUCUCCCUGUUCCUGAGCACUGGCAUACUUGCCUACGUGAAGCCCCCCUCCAUCUCCACCCCAUCCCUGGAUCUGGCCCUGUCAGUUCUGUACUCGGUGGUGCCUCCAGCCCUGAAGGGG